CGCGCUGCCGCUGGUCUCUUAGGUGAUGCUGCAGCCAAGAUGGCGCCUGCGGCGGCCGCGGUGGCCUGAACGUCAUGCUCCGGGUCCUCGGCAGCGGCGGCGGCUGUGGCCUCGGCGGGGGGCUCGUGUCUCUCCCUGCCGUGAGCGCCCAGGCAUCUCUCCUGCUGCCGGGCUGCCCUGGACAGAGAGGAGACGGCCACGAAGAGAGGAGGCAGUGAGGAACAGCUAGAGAGAGAGCGGCGGCGCCUCCCGUCUCGGCACCAUGGCUGGGAUCAUUAAGAAACAGAUCCUGAAGCACCUCUCCAGGUUUACCAAAAAUUUAUCUCCUGAUAAGAUAAAUCUAAGUACUCUUAAAGGAGAAGGUGAACUGAAGAAUUUGGAGUUGGAUGAAGAGGUGCUGCAGAAUAUGUUGGAUUUGCCCACGUGGCUUGCUAUCAACAAAGUGUGUUGUAAUAAAGCAUCCAUUAGGAUCCCGUGGACAAAAUUGAAAACACAUCCCAUCUGUUUGACUUUGGAUAAAGUAAUAAUGGAAAUGAGUACGUGUGAAGAACCACGAGCUCCUAAUGGCCCAUCCCCAAUUGCAACUGCUUCAGGACAGAGUGAAUAUGGCUUUGCUGAAAAAGUAGUUGAGGGAAUUACUGUUUCUGUGAAUUCCAUUGUUAUCAGAAUUGGAGCAAAAGCUUUCAAUGCGUCCUUUGAGCUUUCUCAGCUGCGGAUUUACAGUGUAAAUGCCAACUGGGAACAUGGAGAUUUAAGGUUCACGCGUAUUCAGGACCAGCAAAGAGGAGAGGUUUUAACAUUUAAGGAAAUAAAUUGGCAAAUGAUUCGAAUAGAAGCAGAUGCUACCCAAAGUUCACAUCUUGAAAUUAUGUGUGCUCCUGUUCGAUUAAUAACCAAUCAGUCAAAAAUCAGAGUGACACUUAAAAGAAGACUGAAGGACUGCAAUGUCAUAGCAACAAAGUUAGUUCUAAUAUUGGAUGACUUAUUAUGGGUUUUAACGGAUUCUCAGUUAAAGGCUAUGGUACAAUAUGCAAAAUCUCUCAGUGAAGCAAUAGAAAAAUCAACAGAACAAAGGAAAAGUAUGGCUCCUGAACCUGUACAGAGCUCUACAGUAACCCCAUCUACCCAGCAUGUAAAAACACCACAGACUUCAAAUGUUCCUGAUGUAAAUGAUGCUAUUGUAAAAUUGUUCAAUGACUUUGAUGUUAAGGAAACCUCUCAUCAUUUAGUGAUCUCUCAUUUGGAUCUACAUAUAUGUGAUGACAUUCAUGCUAAAGAAAAAGACUCAAACAGGCGUAUCACUGGUGGUGCUAUGCAGCUCUCUUUUACCCAACUAACCAUAGAUUAUUAUCCUUACCACAAAGCAGGAGAUAGUUGUACUCAUUGGAUGUAUUUUAGUGAUGCAACCAAAACAAAAAAUGGAUGGGCCAACGAAUUGUUACAUGAAUUCCAGUGUAAUGUUGAAAUGCUUAAACAGGCUGUGAAGGAUCAUAACGUAGGCUCACCUCCUAAAUCUCCAACACAUGGCUCUCCUCAGCACAUUCAAACAGAGAAGGAUUCCACUGUGAAGGGAACUUCCAGAACACCUUCAGUAUUAUCUCAGCAAUCCAAAGCUAAGCUAAUGUCUAGUUCAGUUGUGGUUAGACUUGCAGAUUUCAAUAUCUAUCAGGUCUCUACAGCGGAACAGUGUCGCUCUUCCCCAAAAAGUAUGGUUUCCUGCAAUAAAAAAUCCCUGUACCUUCCACAAGAAAUGUCAGCUGUCUACAUAGAAUUCACAGAAUAUUACUAUCCAGAUGGAAAGGAUUUUCCCAUUCCAUCUCCCAACCUGUAUGGCCAGCUGAAUGCAUUGCAGUUUACUGUGGAUGAAAGAAGCAUUCUGUGGUUAAAUCAGUUUCUUUUGGAUUUGAAGCAAAGUCUUAAUCAGUUCAUGGCUGUGUAUAAACUGAAUGACAAUUCAAAAUCUGAUGAACAUGUGGAUAUUAGGGUUGAUGGCUUAAUGCUGAAGUUUGUCAUUCCUUCUGAAAUGAAAUCUGGGUGUCAUCAAGAUCAGCCACGUGCCAUUUCUAUUCAGAGUUCUGAAAUGAUUGCCACAAAUACAAGACAUUGCCCAAACUGUCGGCAUUCUGAUCUGGAAGCUUUGUUUCAAAACUUCAAAGACUGUGAUUUUUUCAGUAAAACAUAUACCAGCUUCCCCAAAUCUUGUGAUAAUUUCAAUCUUCUACAUCCAAUCUUCCAGAGACAUGCUCAUGAACAAGACACCAAAAUGCACGAAGUCUAUAAAGGAAAUAUUCCUCCCAAAUUGAAUAAACACACCCUUAAAACUUCUGCUGCCACUGACGUGUGGGCUGUGUACUUUUCCCAGUUUUGGAUAGAUUAUGAAGGCAUGAAAAGUGGUAAAGGACGACCCGUAAGUUUCAUAGACUCUUUUCCUCUCUCAAUUUGGAUUUGUCAACCAACAAAAUAUGCAGAGUCUCAAAAAGAGCGUCAGCUUUGUAAUCAGGUGUCUCUGAACACAUCCCAGAGUGAAUCUAGUGAUCUGUCUGGCCGAUUAAAACGGAAAAAACUCUUGAAGGAGUAUUACAGUACAGAGUCUGAGCCCUUCACAAAUGGAGGGCAGAAUUCAUCGGACACUUUUUUAAGAUUUUCUUCCUCAGCGUCAGAUGCAGAUAUUCAUAUCUUGGUUCAUGUUCAAAAACAUGUCAGUAUGCAGAUCAAUCACUACCAGUAUGUUUUCCUGCUUUUCCUCCAUGAGUCACUUAUUCUGCUUACAGAGAAUUUAAGGAAUGAUGUAGAAGCGGUGACUGGUAGUCCUGCUAGUCAGACAUCCAUUUGCAUAGGAAUUUUAGUUAGAAGUGCGGAACUGGCUCUGUUGCUACAUCCAGUGGAUCCAACAAACGCUCUGAAGUCUCCUGUUUGUGAAAAUGUGAGCCCAGUGGUUCCUGAUUAUUUGCCUACGGAAAAUGGAGAGUUUUUGUCUUCUAAAAGAAAACCAGUUAGUAGUGGCAUAAAUCAGAUUAGAAGUGUAACUGUUAAUCAUUUGUCCGACAGUAGAUCUCUGAGUGUUGACCUUAGCCAUGUCCCUUUAAAGGAUCCUUUGCUUUUUAAAUCUGCCAGUGACACAAAUCUGCAAAAAGGUACAUCUUUUCUAGACUAUUUAUCAGAUAAACAUUUAGGGAAAAUUAGUGAAGAUGAAAGCAGUGGACUUGCUUACAAAAGCAGCUCAGGAGAGAUUGGAUCAGAAAUAAGUGACAGAAAGGACUCAUCUUGUACAGGUGUGAAUAGUGUCUUAAACUACAGAGAAAGCUCAGAUGUGCUGUCAUUUGAUAAUGGUGGUAACCAAAACAUACUUUCAGAUAAUUUAACUAAUAAAGCAAAUGAAGCCAUAGAAUCAAUUUUUAAAGCUGAAGAUUUGUGUUCAGAAACAUCUUCACUUGCUGAGAACUUGGAAAUCAAUAAGGAAGCAUCUGCAGUCAGAACACUUAGAUCACAGACAUCUUUAAGCGGAAAGCAUAAGGAACGCUCUUCCCCCAGUCUGGCUCCACUCUGUGUUUCUUACAAGAACAUGAAACGAAGUCCCUCCCAAGUCUCGCUGGAUAGCAUUUCACUCGACAGCAUGAUCUUAGAAGAACAGUUGUUAGAAAGUGAUGGAAGUGAUAGCCAUAUAUUUUUGGAAAAAGGAAUUAAAAAAAACUCCACCCCAAAUUACCAGAGCCCAGCAGAGAGUGUGAACGCCAGUGCAAAUCUACAGAAUUAUGGUGAAGUCUCUCCAGAUGCCAUCAGUACAAAUUCAGAGGGCGCUCAGGAAACCCACGAUGACCUGAUGUCAGUUGUGGUAUUUAAAAUUACUGGUGUUAAUGGGGAAAUUGAUAUCCGAGGAGAAGACACGGAAAUCUGCCUUCAAGUGAACCAGGUGACACCAGAUCAGUUAGGCAAUGUCAGUCUUCGGCAUUACCUUUGUAACCGUCCGAUUGGGUCUGAUCCAAAAACUGUAAUUCAUUCCAAAUCCUCUCCUGAGAUUUCUCUGAAGUUUGAAAGUGGGCCUGGUGCUGUAAUACACUCUGUACUUGCAGAAAAAAAUGGAUUUCUGCAAUGCCAUAUAGAAAAUUUUAGUACUGAGUUUCUUACAUCUUCUCUUACGAAUAUUCAACAUUUUUUGGAAGAUGAAACUGUUGCGACAGUAAUGCCAAUGAAGAUACAGGUUUCUAACACCAAAAUAAAUUUAAAAGAUGAUAGUCCUCGGAGUAGUACGGUGUCCCUAGAACCAGCUCCAGUGGUUGUACACAUUGAUCAUCUUGUGGUGGAGAGAGAUGACGAUGGCGCUUUUCAUAUCAGAGAUUCUCCCUUGUUCAACACUGGAAAUGAUUUGAAAGAAAAUGUAAAAAGUGACUCAAUGCUGCUUACCAGUGGAAAGUCUGAUCUGAAGAAGCAGCGCAGUGUCACUCAAGCUACUCAGACAAGUCCCGAAGUUCCUUGGCCUUCCCACUCAGCUAAUGUUCCUAAGGGCUCCUUUGACGUUACCAAGGAACAGCUCAUGGAAGAAAAUGAAUCUCUUAAGCAGGAGCUGGCUAAAGCUAAGAUGGCUCUCGCAGAGGCCCACCUGGAAAAAGACGCUCUUCUUCAUCAUCUAAGGAAGAUGCCAGUCGAAUAGCGGAAAUGGCAGUCAAAACUCAAAUUACAGCUUUGGAGAAGGAAGGCUCUCUUUGCAAUGGUGAUGUUAUCAAUUACUGAAAGACUUGAUUUUCCAUGAAAAGACAAUAAAGUAAAAUUGAAAAUAGUAAAGUGAUGACUAUUCUAAAGGUGGUUUAGAAAGUAUAGGUCCAGGUGUGAACACUGUUUUGAUCAUUUUAUGUUUUGGGGUUUAACUCUCCUGUAAGCUGGUACGAUGAUCUAAGGCAGUCAACACGUAUUACAAAAUAAUUCAUGCUUAGUGGAAAGAUAACAUUUCCUAAUUUUGAUAUCAUUAUAGGCAUUUUUUAAAAAAAGGAACAUGAAAACCUAUUGUGUUUAUACAGAUUGUUGAAUUUAUUUCUCACUGUUUGUUAAUAAUUUACUAUUAUUGCAAAGAUUCAAAUGCUGUUAGGUAUAAUGUAAAAUAAAAGCAGGUAGGGUGUACAUUUUAAAUGUUAUUAAAAUUAUGUACUUAAAUCCAUGAUAUUAUAUAAAAAGCCCAAUCAAAUUAAUGAAUUAUAUAUUUAA